CUCCGCCGAGAAGAAGAAAAUCCACAUCAGAAAUAAGAAAACGUCUUAUCACGUCAGAAAUACUAGGGAUAAAAGCUCUUAAAAUACAUUGCUAACCCACCCAAAAUUCUUCUUCUCCAGCAGCCAUUAGCAGCAAGGAGUCGACGCGAGCGACAGCACCCUCGGCCGACUGCGCCUGGCAGACCACCGCCGGAGAGAGGCAAUGGCGAGCUCCAAGUCCGAGGAUAUUUUGGGCGAGAAGUGGGACCGCUGCGUCGCCGACGCUCUCAUCAAGAUAGGGGGUGGCCUCACUCUUGGAGUUGUCUUCUCUGCCAUUGUCUUUAAAAGACGCCAGUGGCCAGUUAUAUUUGGUGUUGGAUCUGGCUUUGGAAUGGGUUAUGCCAAUUGCCAACAUGAAUUUAACCAACCAUUCCUGGUCAAAGCUGAUAAAGUAAUUGUGAAACCAAAAGCACCCACCACCCCAACUGAGGCCCAGUGAUGCUUUGCUUGAUAUAUGUACAUUCAAUCUAGAUCCCUAUUACUGUAUAUAGAGUAUUUACACUCUAGUAAAUCGGAGCAAUUAUCAUUUCCUUACAUAAUCGCAGCAUUAUAUAACUAAGGAUUCUUAGGGUUAUUGAACAAUGGCUUGUAACUUAUGCAUUAUGUAAAACCUUUAUCUUUUGUAAAUAACAUCAGUUGAAAAAAAAAAGUUUUUUAUUUCCCUCUUUUUAUGAUUUUGCUAAUACUUAGUUGGAUUUGUUUAAUGGCAAAUAAACAUUUUUGCUGUA